GAAAGCGGAGAACCGAUGGAAUUAACAGCAACCCCGCCGCUAGGAGCCAACCAACCAGAGAAAAUCCACGCCCGCCCAACUCCUAUCGCCCUCCUCCCUUUCCUUCUAUACAAAGAACUACAGAAGAAGAACCGUUUGCAUCAGUACUGCUUUAAAUUUCCAAGGAAGCAAUCCACAAGCCGUCGCCCGGCGGCUAAUGGGCGGGUGCUACUCCUCCCCUUCCAUAACCACCACUCGCCCCCCUCCCAAAUCCCUCUUCCUCCUCCCCUCCACCGCCGACUCCGAUGACGAAACCGAAAUCCCUUCCCGCUGCUCCUCCAUGGUCGCCCCCAUUUCCCCGAAGUCCCCUGUGUCCGUCCUUUCUAACCCUGCCUCCAUCGUCGAUUUCCACCGCCAAUACCGCCUCGGCCGCGAGCUAGGCCGAGGUGAAUUUGGCGUGACGCGUCUCUGCUCCGACGUCGAGACAGGCAGGGCUUUGGCUUGCAAGACAAUUUCGAAGCGGCGAUUGCGGAGCGCUGUAGAUGUUGCUGAUGUCCGGCGGGAGGUGGAAAUCAUGCGCCAUUUGCCGCCUCACCCUAACCUGGUAAGGUUCGUCGAUGCAUACGAGGAUCAGGACUCUGUCCAUCUUGUUAUGGAGUUAUGUGAGGGUGGAGAGCUCUUCGACCGUAUUGUUGCUCGCGGCCAUUACUCCGAGAGGGCAGCGGCGAUUGUUGUCAAUACUAUUAUGGAGGUUGUCCAGGUAUGCCAUAAGCAUGGAGUAAUACACCGAGACCUAAAACCUGAGAACUUUUUGUUUCUAAAUAAAUCAGAAGACUCUCCACUUAAAGCAAUCGAUUUUGGCCUCUCAGUGUUCUUCGAACCUGGCGAGCAAUUCAGCGAGAUAGUUGGAAGUCCAUAUUACAUGGCACCAGAAGUUUUGAAGCGCAAUUAUGGCCCAGAGGUUGAUGUAUGGAGUGCUGGGAUCAUCCUAUAUAUCCUUCUCUGUGGAGUCCCACCCUUCUGGGCAGAUAGUGAUGAAGGAAUUGCCCAAGCGAUUAUACGGUCGGUUAUCGAUUUCAAUAGGGAGCCAUGGCCAAAGGUCUCACAAAAUGCCAAGGAUCUUGUGAAGCACAUGCUUGAUCCAAACCCUAAUACAAGGUUUACUGCUCAGCAAGUCCUUGAGCAUCCUUGGUUGCAGAAUGCUAGUUCAGCUCCAAAUAUUCCACUUGGCGAGGCCGUCAGGUCUAGGUUGAAGCAGUUCCUCGUGAUGAACAAGUUCAAGAAGAAAGCUUUAAGGGUUGUAGCUGACCAGCUGCCUUCAGAAGAAAUUAAUGGAAUCAUUCAGAUGUUUAAUAUGAUGGAUGAGGAUAAAAAUGGAAACCUGACAUUUGAAGAACUUCAAGAAGGGUUCCACAAGAUUGGACAUCCUGUUCCAGAACCAGAUAUCAGGAUGCUAUUGGAAGCAGCAGACACAGAUGGAAACGGCACGCUGGAUUGCGAUGAGUUUUUGACCGUCUCUCUGCACCUAAGAAAAGUGAAUAGCGAGCAGCAUCUACCUCAAGCAUUCAACUACUUUGACAAGAAUGGUAGCGGAUACAUUGAGAUUGAUGAGCUGAGAGAAGCUCUUGGCGACAGUCAUCUCGAUCCGAACGAUAAAGUAGUUCGAGAAAUCAUAUCAGAUGUUGAUAUGGAUAAGGAUGGGAAAAUUAGCUACCAUGAAUUUGAAGCAAUGAUGAAGUCAGGAACAGAUUGGAGGAAUGCGUCGAGACAAUAUUCUCGAGCAUUUUAUAAUACGUUGAGUCGAAAAUUGCUCAAGGAAGCGUCCAAGCCGCCUAGACCGGUUGAGCACGGUAAUGGGGUCAAGUUCAGCAUCUGAAUGUGAUUUUGAAGGCCAUGCCCAAUUUUUUUAUAUUUUGAAAAUUUAAUGUAUAGAUUGUUUAAAUGUAUUUUUAUUUUGAGGUUUUUCCAUUCUUUACUGGCCGUAAGAAUAUAAUGAAAAGGGAGCUCAAAUAUAUGUGUAUUCUUAAUGCAUUACUAAAGG